CCCGCCCCCCCCCCCCCCCCCGUCUCCUUCCUCCAAAUCCACAUCACCCCGAGCCGGCGUGCGCCUCCAGAUUUGGCGACCGCCGCCUCCGCCGUCGCCAGAUCGGAGCGGGCGCGGCCUCGCUUCGCCUCCCCGCGCGGCCCCCGCCUGCUGCAGGGUCAUGGGAAUGGAGGUCGUUGGAGCUGAAACAGCACCGGCAGAGGUCAAAGUAUCUGAUGGAGAAGUGAACCUAUUCCAAGAGAAGGAAAGCAAAGCAACUGCUAAAGAACGUGAGGAGGCAGCUGUUUUUGGCUCAGAGACAACUACAAAUGUUGCUGAUAUGGCACCUCCAAAGGAUGCGAAGGAUGAGUGGCCUGAACCUAAGCAAACUUAUGCCUUCUACUUCGUCAAGAUCCGCUCGUUUGAGGAUCCUAAGCUGAGGGCAAAACUCGAGCAGGCUGACAAAGAAUUCCAGAAGAAGAUCCAAGCUCGUUCUAAACUUAUCGAGGCACUAAGAGCCAAGAAGUCAGAGCGCUCUAGUAUUAUCUCGGAGCUGAAGCCAUUGUCUGCCGAGAACAAACAAUAUAAUGAAGUUGUGAAUGAGAAGAUAAAGGAGAUGGAGCCUCUUCGGAACAGUUUAGGCAGGUUUCGUGAGGAAAACAAUGCCAUGAGGGCACAGGGUGCAGGUUUAUGCUCUUCUAUUGAAGAGCUUGAACAAACGAUCAAGAUGCUUAAUGACCGUAUAGUACAUGAGAGCAUAUCCUUACCUGAGGAGAAACGUCUGGUCAAAGAAAUCAAGGACCUUGAAAAAACCAGAUCAAAAGUCAUAUCUAAUGCUGCUAACCGGGCUAAACUGCAAGAUACUGUGGUUGAAAAAGAGGCCAUACAGGACCAGGUCAAAAUAAUUGGGGAGGGCAUUGAUGGAAUAAAGAAGGAAAGACAAGCAGUCAGAUCUAAGAUUAAGGUCCUGGAGGAUGAGCUAAAAGUUGUUGAUGCUGAGAUCGCAUCGCUUCAAGAAGAUUUAGAUGCAGCAACCGCCAGAAAGGAUAAGGCAUAUGAAUCAUUGCAAGAAUUGAGGGCAGCGCGCGAUGCGAAAAAUGCAUCCUUCCUUCAAAACCGCACGGUUUUAAACAAGGCUAGGGACUAUUCGUCAAGGAAUAUGCUGACAGAAUUGCAAGAGCUCCACAAGACUGAGGUCGACAAGUUCAUGACCCAAUGGUGCGAAAGCAAGGCCUUCAGAGAGGACUAUGAGAAGAGGAUUCUUGCCUCCCUCAACAGCCGACUGCUGAGCCGAGAUGGCCGGAUGAGGAAUCCUGAUGAGAAGCCCAUAUUCAUCGAGUCGCAGGCACCAGCACCAGCUGCAGAAAUGGAUCCUGUCCCGGUAAAAUUACCUGCAAAACAAGCCAAGGAAGCGCCUGCUCCCCCAGCAGAUGAAGCUCCCAAGGUUGAAGUCCGUUCAAAAGGGCCUGUGAAGUCACUCAAGGCAAAAGCUGCACUGGAUGCUGAUGAUGAUUACGAGGCCGAGCCUCCAAAGGAAAAGGCGAAGCCUACAGAGGCUGAUGUGGCGAAGUUGAAAGAGAAAAAGAGGCAGGAGGAGAUUGAGAAGAACAGGCUUGCGUUGGAGAGGAAGAAGAGGCAGGCUGAGAAGCAGGCAGCUAAGGCGGCGGCCCGAGCACAGAAGGAUGCUGAGAAGAAGCUGAAGAAAGAGGAGAAAAAGGCCAAGAAGAAAUCCGGAGCAGCUGACACCGAUGAGCCCUCAGAAUCAGAUGCCAAGUCUGAUGAAGCCAUGGAAGCCCAGGCCGAGGAGGAAGCAGCCCCAGUUUCCACCACAGGGAAGAAAGAACAGAAGGAGAAUGCCCGGUACAGGAGUGGGGUCAGCCGGAGCAAGGCCCCGCCACCCAAGGCGAUCCUUAAGAGGAAGAAGGCGCAGUCAUAUUGGUCGUGGGCUGGCCCGGCUGCUGCAGUGGCAGCUGCUGUGCUGGUGGCCCUCCUUGCGGUGCUGGGCUACUACCAGUACUACCUCCCAGCGAGUGCCAGCAACUAGAGGGUUGAGGGAGGGCCUGUUCCGCCGCGGCCACGCCCCUGAAUGAUGUGGAGACCAAUUUUGCAGGCGAGAAGGAACAGAGUGCGUGGUCAGCUUUUGAGACGUAGACUGGAGGAGGGGUCGGUCUUGUUCGCUUUUCGUUGUGUUAGCUUAUAUUCUGUGGAGUCGGAGAAGAAGAUACAGUUGAUUUUGGUUGCGACUUUGCUAGAUCUUAUAUAUAUACUGCCACUGAUAUAUCCCGUGUACUUUUGAAGUGAAGCGUAUAUUGCCGUCUGGAAUAAUACCUUUCUCUUUAGCUGCAUCUGAAA